CAGUGCGGGGGCCGUUGAGCGCCAGCCGCGGAGAGGCGGACUCGACUUCUAAUCUCCAUUAAACCCCCACUUGGAGCUUCAGCCCCAUUCCCAGCGGCUGCCCGCCCCGCCUGCCAACCAGUGGCGGUGAUGAGAGGAGCCGGGGCUGCGGGCCGCGGCCGAGCGGGAGGCCUGUGAUGUGUUUGUGCCGCCGCCGGCCUCCCUCGUCCCCGCUUCCCCCCGCCGGCCGUUGAUGCUGCACGGCACCGUCUCUGCGUCUGCCCACAGCCGCUCUGCACGACCACGGGCCUCGGCCUCUCCCCCGCCCGGCUCCGGAACUGAUAGCGUAAGGCCAGGCCGCCAGCGGGCCACCAGGCUCGGUCGGCCAUGGAGCUGCUGCUGUGCUGCGAGGUGGCGACGGUGAGGAGGGCGCUGCCCGACCCCAACCUGCUGUGCGACGAGCGGGUGCUGCACAACCUGCUGACGCUGGAGGAGCGCUGCCUGCCCGCCUGCUCCUACUUCAAGUGUGUCCAGCAGGACAUCAAGCCCUUCAUGCGGAGGAUGCUGGCCACCUGGAUGCUGGAGGUCUGCGAGGAGCAGAAGUGUGAGGAGGAAGUCUUUCCUUUGGCAAUGAAUUACCUGGACAGAUUCUUAUCAAUUGAACGGACAACCAAAUGCCAUCUGCAGCUGCUUGGAGCUGUCUGUAUGUUCCUUGCAUCCAAGUUCAAAGAAACCAUUCCUCUAACAGCAGAAAAACUUUGCAUUUUCACUGACAACUCCAUCAGACCAUGCGAGCUUCUGGAGUGGGAGUUGGUAGUUUUGGGAAAGUUGAAGUGGAACCUUGCAGCAGUGACCCCACAUGACUUUAUUGAACACAUUCUGAAGAAACUUACCCUGCCUAAAGACAAGCUGCCAUUGAUCAGAAAGCACGCACAGACCUUCAUUGCCCUUUGUGCCACAGAUUUCAAAUUUGCCAUGUAUCCACCAUCAAUGAUCGCGACUGGAAGUGUGGGGGCAGCAAUAUGUGGACUUCAGCUCGAUAUUGGCUUCUAUUCACUUUUAAAUGACAACUUGACAGAUCUCUUGGCCAGCAUCACACACACAGAUGUGGAUUGCCUGAAAGCCUGCCAGGAGCAGAUUGAAUCCUUGCUGGUCAGCAACCUGAGACAGAUUCAGCAACAUCAACAACAGAGGGACCCCUCAAAAAGAGUGGAGGAACUAGACCAGGCCAGCACUCCUACAGAUGUGAGAAAUGUAAACCUGUAAGGCUGCUGGAGCAGAAAAGACCCUGUGUGAUCUUCCCUUUAGAAAUAAAUCUUGUUUUUUUUUUCAUUUUUAAGAUGCUCCCACAUAGAAAAUAUCUAAAGCUUUUUAGAAAAAAAAACUGAUAUUAAAAACUCUGGUGCCUAUGGUGUUCUGCAGAAGGGAAUCCCACCAUAAAUGUUUGCAUAAUUGCUAUUAUAUUAUCGAUGAACAUGCGUUAAAAGCAUAAAAUAGCUAGCUAAAUGCAGGCCUGUGUAUGUGGGAUCAAAUUAUUAGAUAUUUACUGUUCAAUUUUAUGGUGCAUACACCCUCUUCAGAUUUAAAUAAAUGUCUUAUGAUUUGUGGCUCAAUUUGGAUGCAAAGCAAUAGACUGAGGAUUUGAGGAGGGUUGCUGGGAAAUAACCUCUUUUAUGAAUGAACCAUCUUCAGUGUGGAAGGAAUUUAACUGCCUUAAGAUUUUGAACCUUGUAUCUUCCUUCGAAAUUAGUUACUGGAGGAUUACCCAGCAUCUGGUUGUACACUGGGUAUAUAUUUUGCCUUGACGGUUCAGUGCUUGCCCAGAAAGUUUUUUUUUUAAAAUCAACUUUAAUUUGUCUCUGUUUUUAGGUGAUCUUGUCAAUGUUGUCACUCUUCCUUCAAUUUCAUUGUUCAUCUCUCAUGUGGAUCUUUAAAAAAAAAUUGUCUGGGAGAUUUGGGCAUUGAUAGCAAGGUUACAUCUAUUGCAUGCUCCCAACUGUCCUUGAAAAGGCAUUGAAUAAUCUUCUUGAGCCACUGCAGUCCAUAUGUCAAGGUACUCCCACCGUGCUAUUGGUUAGGCAGCUCCAGGAUUCCAGCGACAAAGAAGGAGCAUUAACGAGUGUCUUUUAACUUGUAAAUGUAUAUUUUCACUUUCCCUAUGUUAGUUUCAGAUUUUGAAUGUGUUGUUUGUUUCAUUUUCCCAUUACUUUUUAUUGUUUGGUUGUUUCAUUUCUCAACAAUCAUGUUAUAUAAAUAUCAGUUUUUGGUUCCUCCUUCAGAAAUGGUUCAUUCAACUCACAACAGCAUUGCUCGCUCCACAUAGAACUGUUCCUUUAACUGUGGGCCAAACUUGAGUUCAUCCAGGGUACUCUCCAAUCCAACUACCAGCUAGUUGAUUACAUUUGCCAUGGAACUCAGCUGAUGUGAAUCUUUUAGUCAUACUUAUUGAUCUCGCAUACACUUCAACUGUUUGACUACCUAAUAUUUUAAAGGAUGGAGAAACUCCAUACUUGCAUUUGCGAAGAUGUGUAACAUUUUUCAAAAAAGGUGAUUUCCAAAGUGUAUUUGAUUUUUAUUUUGUGAAGACAUUGGCCCACAGUUACCAUUAUUGUAAACCAUUUCAUUUGAAAAGCACUUUGAAUAUAUUUCCCAAGGAAUGAAUGGAAUGGUUUAUGAAAUUGACUUGUUUACCAGUUUCUGGUGUAUUAUAUAAUUAUGGUGUUGCUGGAAAAAGAAACAAUACUUUAUAAGGAAGACAUUCCAGUGUGGGUUGCUACAUUCCGCAGAUGUUCAGUAACUUCAUGUAUUGUCGGUGUCACAGAGGGUUCUUGUGUGCCAAGCUAUGACAUUGCUGGUGCAAGAAGCAGCAAAUAUCAUGGUUCACAACUUGUUAUUUGAGAAAUUUUGUAUUGUCUACUUGAAUUCUUCUGCUCCAUCAUUAGGACAUGGUUGGUAAAGAGUUUGGGAGGUUUAUUUGCACAUGUUUUGAUAAUGAUCUGAAAUUGCAAAUUACAGCCAUUGAUUGAUUAAAAUGUUGAUCUAGGGAUUUGUGAAAUGCUGGGCUAAAGGUAUUUGAAGAAAUAGGUUUUUGCUGAAGUGGAGCAGCCUGACCUGGGUUGAUGAGGACAGAAAAUGGAGUAUGAAUCUUUAAUUGCGCUGCUAUGAAAAGCUAUGAUUUGUUUCAUUCUUAUUCACAUUAACAGUACUUGGCUGUAUUGUUUCACUGAGUGUGCUGCUAUUUUAUAAACAUUUUUAUAAUAUAUUAUUUUACCGCUUAAGUUUCAAAAUCCUGGGAAAAUGAGUACAUUGAUUUACUGGAAGUGCCCAUGUAUGGUUUUUUCCAAUAGUGUUUCAUGAUUUUCUCUUGUCACAUUCUACAAAGACAGCAUAGUUACCUCAGGUUUACUGGACAAUAAAAUGGUUACCAUUCACAAUACCUCACACUUCUACAGUUUUUGGGGAGCCUUGAAGGCAUUAUUAUCUUUGAGAUAAGGUUGAGCACGUUGUUGUACAUUGUUGCCUCAGCUGAGAGAUGCACAAGAAGGUUGCACAGACAUAAGGCUCCCUACUGGGCUCAGUAACAUUGCCAUGUACCUCAUUUACUUUCAGAUGCACAACUCUGUUCUUAAACUUUUUGCUUUACUGAGUGAUGCCAUACCAAUACAAUGUUAUUCUCUCACAAUGUGCUCUUGUAUUUUUUUGUGAUUGUUCAUAUGGUUAGGGAUGAGUAGCCAGCAUUUAUAGCUUGAGUACAAUGUGGAAAACUUGUGGGGCAGUUGAUGGAUGCAAGGCUCAUUUCAAUAGAUUUGUGAAUACAUAUUAUAAAAAGCCUUCUUUGUUCAGUAUUGAAAAGGCUUUUUAUUCAUUAUAUAAAAUGACCUUGAUUGGAUCAUAGAUGGUUUUAUGGUGUGAGGGAAAUAGGCAUAUCUAUGGACAAUAAAGUCACUUGAUCCAAAA